AUGUAUGGCAUACUUAUAGAAAUAGCUAAACUCUACAUAAUAGAACAAUAUGGUGAAAAUACAUGGAUAUGGUUAUGUAAAAAGAUUAACGGUGGGAAAUCAGAUAUACGUAGUCACAAAUUAUAUCCUAAUAACAUGUUAACAUCAUUAUUAAUACUAUUAGGUGAUUCAGUAUACACAGAUAAAGAUCUACUACUUUAUGAAGUUGGACGUUAUACUAUACAAUUUCUAGUGAAAAAUGGUUAUGGUAAACUUCUCACUAUACUUGGUAAAACAUUUAAAGAUUUUCUAUCAAAUAUGAAUGAUCAUCAUGAAUACUUACGUUAUAGUUAUCAUCAUAUUAAAACGCCAAUAUUUGUAGUGCUAUCCAGUACACCAAAAUGCAUAGAAUUAGAAUAUUGUACAAAACGACCAGGUUAUAAUCAUUAUGCUAAAGGUUUAUUAGUUGAAGUUGCAAAACACUUUUAUCAGUUACAUUUAAUUGUUAAAAUUUCACCACAAUUAUCAGAAGGAUCAAUUUAUCGGUCGAUAUUCACACUGGAGUUAUGCGUUGGUGAAAGUUUUGAAGAGAAUACGAUAUGCACAACAAAGACUGGAUUGGCAAUAAUGAUGAAUACAUUUUCAAAUGUGUCAAAUACUGUAUUUUUUGGAUUGAUACCAUUUCAUUUAGUAAUUGAUAAAAAUUUAAUUCUACGUAGUGUCGGUGAAAGAUUGCUGAAAUUUCAACCGAAUUUAAAUCAUACUAAAUUUCAAGACAAUUUUAUGAUAUUAUUGCCACUUGUGAAACCAAAUUUUCAGCGUAUUGUAAUGUUUCGCUUUUGCACAUUCAAAAUUGCAUUGAAACCUAACGGUGAAAAGUCAAGGGACAAUCACAAAUCACUAUUGCAUCUUAAAGGUGAGAUGCUCUAUGUAAAAGAAUGGUCGAUGCUAUUGUUUAUCGGUAGACCAAUUGUCCUGAAGGUGAAGUCGUUGGUUGACUUAGGACUUCAUCUGCAAGAUUUAAAUAUGUAUGACACAUCUGCCGAAACAGUGAUUCAAGGGAAUUCAAUGUCAGAAGAACUUUUAGUGUUAUUAAGAAAGCAAAAGAAAGAAAGUAAAGAAUUAGCAAAAACAGCUAGACGACUGGAUGAACUAAGAAUAAAAACAUUUGAACUGUUGACUCAAUGUUUACCCAAGGAAGUUGCGGAGCAAAUUAGUCAAGGAAAACUGCCUUCAGAAACUAUUAAGACUUAUGAUUCAGUUACAAUAUGUUUUACCAAAGUAGUUAAUUUUUCCAAUUAUUGCAGUCGAAUGUGUGUACAGAAGAUUGUUGGUAUAUUAAAUCAAAUGUAUACUCUGUAUGAUUCAAUGACUGAAUCACAUAAUGUUUUUAAGGUGGAAACUAUAAACGACAGUUACAUGCUGGUAUCUGGUGCUCCUAGCCCAUCACCGUUUCAUUCUGCUCAUAUAAUUGAAAUGGCCUUGGAUAUCUUAGAAGUAACAAAGAAAAAUCUAUUUUGGCCUAGUGAAGCUAUUUUAAGUGACUCAACUCAAAGUCAACAACAAGUACCACUUCAACUGUGUAUAGGUUGUCAUACUGGUCCCAUUGUCGCUGGAAUUGUUGGAUUUAAAUCUCCAAGAUACUGUCUGUUCGGUGAUACGGUAAACACAGCAAGUAGGAUGAUGAGCGCUGGACUUCCAGACAUGGUUCAUGUGAGUUCUAUGGUAGCUGAAAAUCUCUUAAAUUAUCCGUAUGUUCUAGAGAACCGAGGUGAACAAAUGAUAAAGGGAAAAGGGGAAAUGAUCACAUACUUUGUCAUUGGUCGUAAAACAAAUUUUACUGUAGUAGAUGAAAUAACUGGAGAAGAACUUGACUUCAGAAAGUUGUUAAGAGAGGAUGCUGAAAACCAUUAUAGAAUAUGGAAUGAACGAGCUGAUUUAGAUUCAGAAAUUCAUUGUGAUAGCUAUGAAGAUGAAACAGAUACAUUUUCAAUGUCAGAAAUGUCAACCAUGUCAGAUGAAGUUCAACAGUUAGAUCUCGACAUAGAGAACACUACUGUAAACAGAAUAAAUGAUUUAAAUCAAAGUGAUCCUGACAUAAAGCUAUUUGCAACAAACUCGAUUCAGACAAAACAAAAUGAACAGGAUAUACACAUGAAUCAACUCGAUGAGUUACAUAAUGCAGAAAAUGACACACAAUCAACGCUACGCUUUACAUCUUUAAAGUCGAAUAUUUUUCAAAACCUUGUCAGACCACUUACACUGGGACUAACCAAAGUUGGCGUUGUUCAACCUGAAAAUCCACUUCAUUAUUUAGGCAAGUGGUUGUGUGAAUUCACAGAAGAUACUAUGAAAGAAAACCAAUAA